AUGCCGGGCAGCGGGCCAUUGCUGGAGACGAACAACAUCCUCGAACAUCCCACAGGCCCCGACUACCAGCUGGUACUCGGAGAAGGCACAUAUACUCUGAAAGACGACCUACACCUUGCGACGCCGCCUCCACAUCCAAGCGAUGCGCCGCAGCCCAACAACAACCCUCUCGCGACCACCGUCGGCCCUCCCACCGCUGGAUCGCGCCUCUCUAUCGCAGUGCUCGCACCUCGAAAGCCUCCGUCGCAGAACCUCUUUCGAACAACCACCUCGCAGAGCACACGCUCCAAUAUACCGCCAAGCAUAGCUGAAGAGGCGCAGAGUCCUAAGAGCGAUGCCGGAUCAACAGUCAACGGCUUGGGCUCGGUUGGAUACUACAGUCAGACUUCAUCUUUUGGGGACAGUAACCCAGCGCUAGCGCCUCUACCAGUCAAGGGCGGGAAGAAGGAUCAAAAGUCGAAGCCGAAGAAUAACAUUGUCAAAUCGAAUUCGUCCUUUGUGUCGAGGGUGAUACCGCACGAGGCGUGGCAGAAGCGGUUGACCGAGCGCUCGCCAGAUGGGUUGUUCGCUUUCGCCAACGUCAAUCGCGCGUUCAUGUGGCUGGAUCUGUCGUCAGACCUCAAGACCGAAAACAUGACCAAAGUCUUGUUCACCAAAGCGCACGCCCUUUGUCAUGACUUGAACCCAGUCACAAAGUCAAACACUCACCUUGACCUCAUACUCGGCUUCAACACGUCAGACAUAAUAUGGUACGAACCAAUGUCGCAAAAGUAUGCCAGAAUCAACAAGAAUGGCAUGAUCAAUCCAUCGGCGAUAUCCUCCGUUUUGUGGUUGCCCAACAAGGAGAAUCUGUUCGUCGCCGCCCACAUGGAUGGCACGCUGGUAGUUUACGAUAAGGAAAAGGAAGAUGCCGACUUCGUACCCGAAGAGCAGUCACCGAUAGAGAAUGGUCACACAAAUGGCCACGCCAACGGAGACGGCCCACCAGCCCUCAAAUUCCAGGUCAGAAAGUCGGUGCAGUCGCGGAAUCAAAAGACGAAUCCAGUCGCAGUCUGGAAAUUGUCAAACAUGAAGAUCAAUAGCAUCGCUUUCUCUCCUGAUGGGCAGCUUCUGGCGAUCGUUAGUGAGGAUGGUUCACUCACGAUAAUGGACUAUAUCGAGGAAAAGGUGCUGGAUGUGUUUCGCUCAUACUAUGGCGCCAUGCUUUGCGUAACGUGGUCCCCCGAUGGACGAUAUGUACUCACGGGAGGGCAAGAUGACCUGGUCAGCAUCUGGUCACUGGUUGAUCAUGCAUUGGUUGCGAGAUGUGUGGGCCACAAUUCUUGGGUAACGGACGUCAAGUUCGAUCCUUGGAGGUGUGAUGAACGGAAUUAUCGUUUUGGCAGCGUGGGGGAGGAUUGUCAACUCCUACUAUGGGACUUUUCAGUUGGAAUGCUUGGACGACCAAAGCUGACGCGAGCACGAGGCAGCAUAUCAGGCAACGACCGGAAACAGAGCCUAUCGACAGUGGGACGAUUCAGGAGCAAUUCGAAUCUGACUCAAGUCCAGACGGAUGGCACCAAUGGCGAUGAGAUGGUCCAUCCUGUGGAUUCCAUGGCAAGCACAGCUGUGCUGCCGCCAGUGAUGUCGAAGAGCAUCGACGAACACCCACUCUGCUGGCUUGGAUUCGAGGAGCACUGCAUCCUCACGUCGUGCAAGGACGGACACAUUCGCGAGUGGACUCGACCGACUGAUCUGUAG